CGCAUUUAGUAAAGAAACUUUUUAUUGUUAUUUGUGUGUUCUGUUGUUAAAUUUUCUGUACAUGUUUUCACCCUUAAGUGUUUUGUUUCAUAUUAAAUAAACAGUUAUCCGUGGAACUACCUUCACAUACGUGUAACAAAUGGAGUUGUUAUUAAUCUCUCUUCGCGUAUUAAUAGAAUUUACAAGUUCCAUUACUUUUUGCGUGCAUGUGGAGUGAUUAGAUUUGUGUCAUUGCUGUUUUGUUGCCUGUCAAUCUUGAAAGUUAAAAAUAGGUUACUGAGAGGAAUUAAUUGCAAAAAAUAUGAGUAUUAAUAAUCAUCUAAAAGAUAUCUAUUGUUAAAUCCAGCUUUUGGUAUUUGACGAAGUGAAACAUUUGUAAUCCUUUUGAAAUGCAUCAGUCAAAGAAGCUCAAGGAAAGUGAUACUACAUCAUCAGUUACCACUAGUAAGAUUAGUUCUAAAUCAAAUAAUCAUAAGCAAAUAAAAAAACAUCGUACAUGUUCUCCUAAAAAAUUGUGUAUAAAUUCCAUAGCAGAUUCAAUACCUUUUCUGUUACAAUCAUCAAAAGUCACAGUAGAUAGUCUGAGUAUUCAAAAUGUAUUAUCUAACUGUACAUCCAGCUGUAAACAUUGUGUUCCUUUCAAUUGUGCCGUGCCGUUACAGGAUGUUGUUUCAGCUUAUGGUUAUAUCAAAAAGAAAAUGUGUGUGAACUCUAAUGAAGUAAUUGAAGAUCCAUCUGAUAUUUCCUCUGAAAACCAAUUUCAAAAUGAAACAGUCAUGGUUGAAACUCAUUUUAAUAGUUUUAGUGGACCAUUAUUAAGUAAAAAAUCAUUUAAAAAUGAAAAUAUAAAUUCAGUUCAUUUAAAAAGCACGUUAAAUGAUUCUAAAGCAGUGUUAAUAUCUUCGGGUUAUGUCUCUAAGAGUGAAUCUGAGGAAAAUGAAAAGUCAUUACCAGAAGAUGAUACUGCAAAUUUUGCUCAUAGUUCAAAAAUGUCUUUAGAAAUAGUUAAAAAAACUGAAAUGAAUACUAAAAUUAAAUCUGUUUUUGUAGAAAAUGCUGCUGAUUUAACUAGUACAAUUGUUUCAAGUUUGAAUUUAUGCCCUGAUAGUGGCAUUUUGCUCGACACACAAGAUACCAAAUUUGUGGAUAAUCAGCAAAAAUUCAAGAUAUUUCCUAAAGCUAAAAUGUCCUUCAGUAAAACUGUUAGUAAUCAAAUAUUAGUUCAGAAAACUAAUGAUAUUGAUAUUAUUAAAUUCAAGGAAAAUAUUAAUAAUUCUACCCAUUCUGUCUCUGAAAUUUCUUGUACAAAAAAUCUCUAUAAAGAAAAAGAAUCGUUACCACAAGGAAUUGGCCAAAUAAAUAUAUCUUCUCAACAUUUAACUGAACAAUUAAAAUCAGUUCCUAAAAUUAAAGAUAAUUCUAACAAUAAAUUGGUCAAUGAAAGUAACGAUAGUUCUUUAAUACAAACAUUAAUUUCAAGGAAAUCUGUGAAAAGAAAAAAAAGCAGUAAAAUUAAUGUAGCUGCUAAAAAUGUAAACACCUCUGAAUUCACAAAAACAAGUAACUUGACUACAAAUUCAUGUAUUGAUGAAUUAUUUGAUGAAAGUGUCCCAUCAGAUUUUCUUGUACAGGCAAAAUUUCUUAAAAUUACUGUAAAUGAUGCAAAGCAAACAUUUGGAUUAUCUCCUGUAAAUAAAUUAAGUAUUGAAAAUAAAGCAACUAAUAGCUCUCUCAAUGACGUUAAUGAAAAUCAAACUGUUGCUACGGUCAGUGAAUCUUCUGCAAAAUCCAAGUUAGUAACUAAAAAAUCUUUAAAGCUAAAAAGAAUUAAUAGCCAUUAUGCCAAUAAUCAAAUCAAUGGACAAACUUCAUCAGUCUUAGAAGAAGUCUCUGAUAAAAUAACAAUUAAGGAUACAAAAAGCACUUUAAGGUUGUCUGAUGAAAAUGAAGUAAGCAAUGGAGUUGGAAAUACACCACUCGAUAUAGUUAGUGAUAAGAAAACUUCAUCUCAAAAUGUCGAUAAAUGUAUUGUAAAAUCUAUGGUGGCUCCUAAAAAAUCUUUAAAAUUGAAAAAAAUUGGUAACGCACAGGUCAAUGUCAAAAGCACUUCUGACUUCAACAACGCAAGCAACUUGGAUAUAAAUCCUUGUUCUGAUGAUUUGUUAAAUGAAAGAGUCCCGCCAGAUUUUCUUAAAGAGGCAAAACUAUUUAAAGUUACUGUUAGUGAUACAAAGCGAAAGUUUUCUCGUGGAGAUGGAUUAUAUGAUGAGGAUAAGGUAUCAAAUGCCUCUCUUAAUGAUGUUGAUAAGGAAAUUUCAAUUCAAACUGUUGAUGUGGGUAGUAAAUCUGGGAAUUCAAAGCCAGUAACUAAAAGACCUUUGAAACUAAAAGGAGUUGAUAAUAAUUCUGUCAAUAAUAAAACCAGUACAAGAACUUCAAAUGUAAAUCCAUUUUCAGAUGAUGACUUAACUGAGAGUGCUCCAUUAGAUUUUUUAAUGCAAGCAAAACUUAUGAAAGUAACAGUUGAAGAUUCAAAAAGAACUUUAAGAGAGUCUUCUAAUAUUGAAAAAAAUGAACUGACUAUUGUAUCAUGCAAUAAAAAUAGUAAUAAAGACGAAACACAAAAUGCUACUAAUAAAAAAUCUUUUAGAAAAAUCGGUAAUAGCUGGUGUCGAAUAUUAACUAAAAGAAGUUUAAGAAAUAAAAAUACGUUUACCAAUUGUCAUACAUCAGUUCCAAAUACAGAAAACUACUCUAAAGUUAUUGAAGUAAAUGAUACAGUUAGUAAACAUAUUGGUAAUGAACCUUUAAUUCAUCCUUCAUCUAAAAUUUCUUUGAAAAGCAAAUUAGUUAAAAAUAAUAUAAUCAAUAAAAACUUCUCUUUGACAAAUUUAACUCGAGUUAUUUCCUCUUCUACAAAUAUGGCUCCAGAUGAUGAAGUAGUUGAACCACUGCACUGUGAAGAAAAUUUUGUUCAUUCAGCCUCAAAUCUAAUUGCAUCCUCAAGGUUUGCUCAUGAUACUAUUAUUGAUAAAAAUGAAUCCACAAAUAUUGAAUUAAAUAAAAUUAAUUUUAAUAAAAAUUUAAAUCAAGUGCCAUUAUCCAAAAAAACUUUUAAAAGAAAACUUAUUCGAAAUAAAAAUAAUAGUGACCUCACUUCUACAAAUUUGGCUUUAACUAUUUCUCCUUCUAAAAUUUUGGACCUUGGUAAUGAAGCAAUCAUACCAAUACAGUCUAACGAAGAUAAUGCAAUAAUUUCUGCUCAGAGUUCUGGUGCAUCAUUAGAGUUCUCUCAUGAAACUGACAUCAAUGAUAAAAAUGAAUCGACCAGCACUAAAUUAAAUGCAGUUAAUUUUAAUAAAAAUUCAAUGCAAGUAUCACAACUCAAAAAACCCCCCAAAAGAAAAGUAAUUAAUAAUAUGAAAAACACUAGUUCUAAUAGUGUAAAUGUGGAUUCUGGUAUUGUUACAGAUAAAGUUAUGACAAAUGACAAGGUAAGCGCUGAGCAAUUUGAUGAUGAAGAAAACAUUUUAUCGAAUAUCCUAAAUGAUCCUGUUGAGUUAGAAUUGCCUGAGGACAUUUUAUUAAAUGAAGAUUUGGAAAUUCCGUCAUUUUCUGAAAAAAGUCUUAGUUAUGAAUCUGAUGUAUUGAAGCCUAGCACCAAUUUCAGAACUACUAUGGUCAAUAGUUAUUCUAAGCAGUAUUCAGAUAGUGAGGACAGCGAUCUAGAAUCAUCAUUUAAAAGGAGAAAGUCAUCAAGUAGUACUCAACUGGCAUCAAUUAGUACUGAAAACAUCUUUGAUGAUAAAAAUAGAGAAUUUAAUGAUGAAUCUUCCCACGACUAUAGCUCUAUUUCAAGUUUAAGUUCAUUUACACGUAAACAUUCAUGCAGCACCCCAUCUACACAUUCAGAUUUAAAAGAAUCAUGCUCUCUUUUCAAUUCAACUGAGUUUGUAGAACAUUUUCAAGAUCCAGAUUAUCUUUCAGAGGAUGAGAAUUUUCAAAAGAGCUUUCAAGAAAUAAUUGAAGGUAUUAAAAGUGCCUGCAAUAAAAAUGAUAUUCAAAAAGCCAUUGCUCUUGCUGAUAAAUAUAUACCUAUUAGUACACCUGAUGUGAAAGCAGAUAUUUUCAGAACUUUAUUCAUCAAUAUUAUUAAAUGUUUUAAAAGUUCUAACUUGAAUCCCAAAAGUGAAAGGAAUGAUACUGCAUUAGGUGAUAUUAAUAAAAUACUUGUUGAAAACAAUUUAUAUCAAUCAGAUGUCUGUUCAAUGAUAAUUUAUGAAAGUUUCGCAUCUGAACUCUGUAUAUCUUUUACUACAAAAGUGUUUUUGCAUUGUAUGGAAAAUCAAAUUACUUUAUCUGAAGAAUCAAUAUUAAAGUAUGCUGAAUUUUUGAAACAUAAAGGUGAUGCAACUAAUAUUUUAACAUUUUUAAUUCCUGUUGGAAACAUAAACUAUUUUAGGAUACCUGAUAUACUAUUUCAAGAAUUAUUAGAGGCUUGUGCUUAUGACAAAUCAAUAUCACCCAAAGAUUUUACGAAAUUGUGUGAAAUUAUAUCUGACAUUAAUUCAGUAACUUUAGAGGAUGCAUUUUUGAAAGGGUUUUUCAGAAACUGUAUUGAAAAUGAGCAAUGGUUUCAGAUAAAUAGAAUGUUUUGUUCAUGUGCAGAGAAUGGCCGACAUGGAAUCCUGAAAAAUUUGUAUUUUGCCUUGGCCUUUCCAUUAAAUGAAGCAGGUGACUGUUAUGAAAAAUUUAUUGCUUCUGUAUUUAAUUCGCCUAGUGACUUGCCAGCUCAAGUAAUGGUCCUGGUUGCACAUUUUGGAAUAUCUCUAUUACUUGAAACAUAUACUAAUAAUGAAUUGGAUUCUUCUCUGCCUAUUCUUUACUUGCUUCAUAAAUAUGAUAUUAACUACUGGGAAGUACAUUUACCAUUAACAUUUUCUGACACUAAUGGUGUUAUAAAACUAUAUCCUCAUUCUGUCGAAGGCUAUGUUUUAAGAGAAACAGUGAUACAUGCAGCUAUUGAUAUUUUUUUACACUUCAAAAGACCUCAAGAUGCAUUUUCUGUAUUUCAAGUAUUUUUCAAUGAUGAGCUAUCUGAUAUUAAAACUUUGGAAUCAAGAGGAGAUAUCUUCAUGGAACGUUAUUUACUUUUGAUGAAAAUAACUGGUAUUUUAAGGACUACUAAUCAAUUAGGAGAGGGUCUCAAAGCAUUAUAUAUGUUAUUAUCUAUGGAGGAAAAAGAUGUAACAUUUGAAGAGGAUGCUGCUUUCAUAAAAGAAUUCCGUACACUAUAUAGUAUGUAUCUCACGGAUCUUUUGAAUGAGGAAAGAAUUGAUGAAGCCUUGGAUUUAUUUGAAAAAAAGUGUGGACCCAUUAAAGAGAAUUUAAAUUUGAACAUCUAUGCCUGUGUAAGAAGAGGUUUGCUUCUUUCCUAUGCAGAAAAAGGAUUGAUAGACAAAGCAAAAAAACAAUUUCGUAUUGGAUACAUAAAAAAUAAUUAUCCAAAGCUUGAUGAAAAUCCAAAGCAACCAUUUUGUUAUUGGAUUAAAACUUUUUGGACAAAAUAUGAAAUAAAAUUUGCUCUAGAAAUGUUUUUUGAAGAAUUGCAUCCAAUUUUGCUUACCAAGAAUACGCCUGGCUCCAGAGGUUGUUUCAAAAUUUGGCUCCAAUUAAGGAACAAUGCUCUUGAGAAUAAUUCAGUCACAUGUUUGGUCAAAGUUCCUUCUGAUGUUGAAUCUGCUUAUUUACGAACGAGAGAAGCUUUACAAAGCAUCGAUUCCGACUUAGAAAAAAGUGGAAUCGAAAGAAAGAAGAAGAGGGAAAAACUGAAGUGUUUAGAACUUCCAUCUGAAGCUUUUUACCAAUUUUGGAAAAAGAAAUUUUGUCCUCCUUUGGGAAAAAGUGUCAAUAAGGGUUUUGUUGUCAACUGUAAACAGCGUAUUUCUUUUGGAAUAACACACCAAUUGUUUCCACUGUUGUGUUGCCAUGUGUCUAAGUAUAAGUUGUGGAGAAUGGAGCAGCGACACCUUCGUAAAAGUCAAGGUCAGUGCUUGUCUGAGAUGCAUGGCCUUAAGAGCAUAUUGAAAAACGAAGUUAUAAGUCUAAAAUGAAGAGAGAGAAAAAUCAUCAGCCCAAAAAUUAUUUACUCCUGAAGUUUUUUCGAACACUUCUGCCUUGGUAGCAUUUUUGAAAUAAGUAUUUUUAAUGAAUUGUAUAAUUUAAUAAUUUUGAUUAACAAAAUCUGAUACAAGACAUUCGAUAAAACAGAUUGAAAAUUUUGGGCAUGCUGCUUGCUUUUUUGUCCCCUUUCUUAAGUAACAAUUAUUAUAGAAUUUAAAUUAAUUGAGCUUCAGAGAUCAUUACAAAUAGGUUUUUCUUUUUUCCUUAUACAUUUGCACAUAUAUCCCCUGUUUUAUUUUUUAUUAAUUUUUGUAAUUUUUAAAAAUAGUUUUAUACAUAAGAUUUUAAAAAUUAAAAUAGAUUUUAUUUAAUUUAAUUUUUUUCUUCUGCUUUUUACAGAUAUGCAUAAUUUUUUUUCUUUCUGAAAGAUUUUUUUUUUUUAGAACACUAUCUUAAUUACUUUAUUUCUUUUACAUAGUAGUUAAGAUGUUAAAAGAAAGUCUAUGCAGCCUAAGCUGUUUUUGAUUGACCGAUGCAUGAAGUCCAAUUUAUUAUUCAUUAUUCCAUGGAUGUUAUUGUUGUGCCCAUUUGAACAUCAAAACACAACUGCACAUUUUAAGUGACUAAAAUAUCACUUCAAAAAUGAGUGGAAUGUUUAUUUGAAAUUAAAAUGUCAAAACACCUGAAACAAAAAAUAAAUUAUCCUCCUGAUUUAAUUUUUUUUACAAUUACAUUUUAUUUAUGAACUCUGAAUGUUUAACCUUUAAAACUAUUUGCACACCACAUUGCACUUUAACAGAAAAAAUUAUAAUUCAUGCGAAUAACCAUUUUGCUUAAAAGCCAUCAAUACCUCAUUGUAUCAUUAACAGUGACUUUAACUUUGACUCAAAUAAGCUUAAUAGUCAUAGUAUUAAAAAAAAUAUUUAAAGAUGUAACUGUUUAUGUAUCUGUUUUUGAAUAAUGAUGCUUUUCUUAGAGUAUUCUUAGUUAAUUGUAUACUUUAGCUAUCAUCUCAUCAUAUAACUAGAUUAACAAAUUUAUGUUAUUCUGCUAUUCCUCAGGGGGUUUACCAUCUUUUGGUAAACACGGGUGUCACAAUCCCGAGGUGCCCUAGUGAUGUGUCAAUUAAUUUAGUCUAUAUGAAGGACUACUUUUAUGUGCGUUAAAAAAAAUAUUUAUAGUGUAGUACGAUCGAUAAAUAUAUAGUUUUGAAAUAUAACCUCAUUCUUAAUACAUGCUCCUCAGGGGGUUUACUUUUAGGUAAACACGGGUGUCACAAUCCCGAGGUACCCCAGUGCAACAAUUUCACUGUUUUCUUUUGUGUUCCGCGAAUAUAAUCCACAUUAUGGUGGUCCUGGUAGGCUAUUACUUACCACAUAAUAUGUGGAAGUUUAUUUCCCAUCCUGUAAAAUGUCUUGCUAUUGAUGUAUAGUGUAAAUCUGCGUAUAGUUAUUUAAAAAAUUAUGUAACUAUUCCGAUUUUAAUAUCAUGAAAUAAUGCCUCUAUUGUGAAUGAAAAACUCAGUGUUGUAUUAAUAAUAAUAAAAUCACUGAAAAAGAACCUCUAAACAACAUAUUAGAAACAUGUUUGAUCAUAACAUUUCAUUCCUAACUGUAGACGCAGAUCUAAUGUGUGUUUGCAAAAUAAUUUAAAAAGUGUGAUUGCAUAGCAGCAAGAUUUUUUUUUAAGUGGAAAACAGGAAAAUACAAAUUUAUAAAUAAAAGAUCUUAUCCUUAAAGCUAAACAUUAUCUGCAUGGUGUCUCAGUAUUAGAACUGUAUUAUUUGCAAAUAGUUAUCUCUUGUAACAAGUGAUAAUCUGUUUUAGCAAUUAAGGAAAUGGAAUAUAACUUCCCCAUCUUUUGCUGCAUAACAUCUGGCAUAGUCUUAAAGAAGGGCAUUAAAAGAAUAGUGCUGGUUGUACGUAAUGCUGAGAAAAGGUUUGGGGAGUGUGAUACUUUUACAAAAACAAAAUCUAAAUUGAGUUAAAACUCUAAAACUCCCUCCGAAGUAUUAAAAUUAUUUCCCUCUAUCGUCAGAUAAUCCUAAUGCUCGAUUAUUUGCUAUACUACUACUUCCUCACGCAACUCUCGACCCAUAAACAGAGCAUUAUCUAAUACGCUACUACUUAAAAAAGUUAAACUCCGUCGCCAGUAAUGCGUGUGCGCAGCCCCAUGUAGGUUUAAAAUUUUUACAACAAUUUUUGAAAGGAUCAAAAAUAAAUCUUCGUAACUAAGUUUUUAUUCCUUUGAAUCCGAAUAAAUACUUAACGCAUAACUAACUGUUAGACACUACUUAAAUUAAUACUUAAAACAACCCGACAAAAUUAGCUGAUUUUCAAACAAUCUGUCCCCUUAGGAGUGGAAAAGCAAACAAUCCUUCUUUAGUGGAUGUCUACGUCCAAAAUUCAUGUUUAUUAGUUAGAGCUCUGCACUAAUGAACCAGGACCUGUCUUUUUAUUGCUACAGUUUACUGUGUUGGUCCUUUUGUAAAACCACGCUCUUGUGGCAACUAACUCGCUAUUCCCGACUGCGGUAUUCGACCUCGUGUUUACUUUUUAUAAUGUAAUGAGACAAAAUUUAGAUUUAUGAAACUCUACAUCCUUUGAAUAGUAUUUAAAUAAUUCAAUCAAAAGUACAGUAAACCUAGAAAAUUUAUACAUUCAAUGAUGUGCUCCAAUUUGUAACGUAUAAAUCGCGAUGUUCCAUAAUUGGGUACUUGCACUCCAAGAAGAAGACAAUCCAUACCCACACAUGUGACCUAUAACGUCAGCUCCAGCUAAUCUUUAUCAGCAAGAUAUCGUAUUAAAGUUGAGCUAAGUUUCUCUACAUAAUUUAAAAUGUUAACGUUAUUAAAUACAGAGCCGUGUCGCACAUCAAAUUAGUUGAAAUAUGAUUCUUUCUCUUGUACGUUUACUUAUAUUGAUGUAUUAUUUGUUUAUGUAUUUUAUAAUAACCGUGACAUAUUUUUGCAUUCUGUACCUGGCAACGUCGAUGCAUAAUAAGUUUGUUUAUGUUCUACAUGGCUUUGUACUAAUAUAUUGUGAAAGAGAAGAUCGAAAUAGAAUGGAAAGAACAGUUGCAAACGUACACAAAAGCCACGUUACAAAAACUAAUCAGGAUCGAGAUACCCACACGUUACUUGCUGUGCGAUGAAAAUCACGCAACGAAGGAUUUUGAUUUAAAAGUAAUGCAAUGUUAUAUACGUGACACAUAGAAAACAACAUCGUUCAAAAAGUCCGGUUUCAAGAUCGCGCGGAUUUGCAUUGUGAUAAAUUAUUGAAAACCCCUUAUUAUUUGUAGUUUAAGUAAAUUAUUCAAAUCCUAAUUUAGAAGUUGGCUGGAUGCAUGUCGAAAUAACGCAUCUGUAAUUAUUUCUUCGUGAAACAAAUAAUGCGAGCAAAAAAAAAGAAAUUGAAUAUUCACUUUAGAUAGUGAUUCCAUCAUUGCAUCGAGAAAAAAAAAUUAGAUUAAAGUUGGAAUAUCAGUUAAGAUACAGUUCAGCCCUGGACAAAUUAAACAUAAAAUCUCAGCAAGCUUUAAGCUUAAGUAUAAAUGAUCCUGGUUGGUUGGUUGGUGUCGUAUCCUCUAUUGAAUCAUAUUUCAUGGUGUGCUUGAAUAGUUUUUGUUAUUUCUAUGGCAUUAAAAGAAUACAAAUCCUCUUCUAUGGGGUAGUUUAAGAGGUGCAGGCCUGCCGCGACUGCAGGGCAGUUAAAAACAUGAUAUGGUGUCAGUUCCACAUUAAGACAGUUGCCACAGUUUUGAUAUUUUCUAGUCUUAUCUGUAGAAAUUUUUAUGAUGUUUUGUUCUUAGUCUGAUGAGAGUAUAAAUGAUCCUUCUUUAGCUAUUUAACAACGACCAUUUUGGUUUUGAGGUGGUUAUUAAAGUUGUUUCUGGGGCUAUGACAUCAUAUGAAAUGUGCAUCGGGUUUUUUACACUUUCUUAACUAAGAAAUUUAACUAGAAAUAAAAUUCGCAUGAGCAUACUUAGAUAAAGUUUAAAAUAUCGGUGUGUCGCAGUGGCAGCUUUUUACAUCAGUCUAAAGAUAAACUAACUAAACUAAAACAAGAUAUUUAUUUACCCAUGACCAAAAAGUUAAAUCAGUUAGCUAGUACAUAAAUAAAGUUUUCGUUUCUCACUUUGCAGCUAUUGUAUCUUCUAGUACAAUAAGCAUAUACAAGUUAUUUCUAUUUUUGAGAAGAUGAUAUAAACUCUACAUUGAAUGAAUUAAGAGAAUUUCGCUAUCACAGCGCAAGCUGAAAUGGUCGUGGCUGAAGAAAAUUAUUGAUUGAGAAUUGAAAAAAACUUAUUAUACGCCUUUGAAAUUUGUUGCAAUGCAAUAUAAAAAGAAAAUCUUUCAUAAAUGGUAGCAUUUAACCUUUUCGAAGUAUUGCGAAUUGUAAUAGCCGAUCCUAAUGUUAGAGCAUUCUUCUUGAAAAAAAUCAUCCUUUACUCUCCUAUAUUCGUCUGUACUGUUUUACUGUGGAUUAUAAUUAUCCAAUUGCUUCA